AUGUCUUCUGCGACUCCGCCUCCAACCUCCGAGCCCAUCGUGGCAACUCCUAUCUCCUCCGCCCCUCCACCCUUCGCCCCGGUCCAUCUGGAUCCCAUCAAGGACUCCGGCAAGGACACCGAAGGAACCUCUGCUAACCCGGAGAAAGCCUCCGGGGAGGAACAGGCAGAACAAAAGGCGGAAGAGAUUGCCGCCAAGAAAUCCAAAGCUCGUCAGCGAGACUCCGAAGCCAAAGGGAAAUGGUGGCCCUGCACCACCACUGAAACGGAGCUGAAGAACUUGGAGGCGGAAGGUUUUCUGCUUCCCGGAAGCUGGCGAACAGUUCCGGGUUCCCUGGCUCCAGCCCCUCAGGAUGGUGAGAUGGUGCUCGAAGCCCUCGAGGAAGGCGAGCUCAGAACUCUCCUCCGGGCCCCGCAAACCGGCAAUACCGACCCGGAAGCCGCGUCUGAGGCGGAAGCUCCCGAAGCUCCGCGUCUUUCCAAGAGGAAGAAGGCUGCUCCCUCCAGCCCUGCAGCCAAACGUGCCUGCGAAGCACCUAGCAUCGCGGCCACCCGUAAGCUGGAGGCGGAGAAGAAACGUCUCAAGAUGAUUGAUACCAGCAACCGCGCUCAACCCAACAUCCAGCAAUUCUUUAUACCAACUGGAAAAAGCUCCGGAAGCCAAGCCCCCAAGAUCACCAAGAAGAGGGUCAAGUCGUCUCCGGCUUCUAUUCCAGUUACCCCAGAGGUGGAGGUUCCGCCCAAGGCCUCAUCCGCCGCCAAGUCGGAUCCCAAGGACGUCAUCAACGUUGAUGACCUUCCGGAAGAUCCAAUUGUCGAAUCUGACAAGGGCGAUUCCGGCAAGGGCGCUUCCUCAUCCGCACCUCCGCCUGAGCAGCCCACGGCUACCUACACUGCAGUUCCGACUGACCUAGUCGAUCGGAAACUCCGCUUGAGCGACGCCACCGGAACGCCCCAGACUCAUCCCCACUUCUUCCCAGUUCUGCAAAAGGUCCCCCUUUCACAACGCCACACGGAAAUUUCCGCCAUGAUGGAGCAAGUGUGGGGGCCUGCGAACACGGAGGAGCAGGAGAUGAAUGAGCUUGAAGGCGGCAUCAAGGCCUUUUUCGCCAAGCACAAGAAUGUGCGUCAGCAUACGUGGAAAUUGCACGAAGAUUUGCGCACCCACGUGCUGGAGCAGAGACAAGAAAUUGAACUGCUUCAAACCAGGGACGCGGAUAAUCAGAAGGCCAUUGCGCUGCUGGAGACCCAUAUCAAGGGUUUUGAAGAUGAAAUUGCCAAACGCCCCUCAAUCGACUCCCUUUCCGCCAAGAUCGAAGUACUUGAGGCGGAGAAUGAAUCUCUCAAGAAAUUCCUGAAGGAAUCCUCCGAGGAGGAGACCAAGAAGAAAAAAGAACUCUUGGAGAAGCAUGCCCAAGAACUGUCGGAUCUCGCUGAGAAGCUCAAAAGGAGUCAGCAGAGAAUCCAGACCUUGGCUGCAAAAAACAAGGACUACGAGGCGGAGGCGGAGCGAGCCUUGGAUUUGAGUGGACUAAGGAUGCCACUCUGA